AUGAACAGAACACCAAAAAGACAAGCACCAAAAGCCAAACGCUACCUAAAUAUAACACCAAAGGCCAAGUGUAACCUAAAUAUAACACCAAAGGCCAAGCAUAACCUAAAUAUAACACCAAAGGCCAAGCAUAACCUAAAUAUAACACCAAAGGCCAAGUGUAACCUAAAUAUAACACCAAAGGCCAAGCAUAACCUAAAUAUAACACCAAAGGCCAAGCAUAACCUAGAUAUAACACCAAAGGCCAAGCAUAACCUAAAUAUAACACCAAAGGCCAAGCAUAACCUAAAUAUAACACCAAAGGCAAAGCAUAACCUAAAUAUAACACUAAAGGCCAAGCAUAACCUAAAUAUAACACCAAAUGCCAAAAGUUACCUAAAUAUAACACCAAAUGCCAAAAGUUACCUCAAUAUAACACCAAAGGCCAAGCAUAACCUAAAUAUAACACCAAAGGCAAAGCAUAACCUAAAUAUAACACCAAAUGCCUAG